UAUAUAUAUAUAUUACUCGUGAACUCCAACCGACCGCGUUCGGACCAUUGGCACAGUGAAAAGGUUAACCAUGGAUUUUAACGGUAGCGGUGGCGGCAAUGAGCUACACAACAACCAGUUUUAUCCGUGCGAGGAGAGCAAGCCUUUGCUGGACGAGAUGUCUGCGCCGACACCGCCAGAGGGGAAUAAUAACGCGAAGCAGGGCGCAGGGCCGCCGUGCCGGAGAAGCCUCCUCCCCUGCAGCAGCGGCAUGAGGUACAAGCUGCUCCAGGAGGGCGACAUUCAGGUGUGUGUGGUGAAGCACCCGCGGACCUUCCUCAGUAAAAUCCUCACCUCAAAGUUCCUGCGGAGAUGGGAGCCUCACCACCUCACCCUGACGAACAGCAGCCUCGUCUCCGCCACGCCUACAGGCUACAUGGAGACUGCUCUGUCCUACAGUUGCAUAGAGGACCUGCAGUUGCUGUCUUGGGACAAUGCCCCCAAAUACUGUGUCCAGCUCAGUGUCCCUGGAGGGACCGUCCUUCUGCAGGCUGCCAACAGCUAUCUUCGGGACCAGUGGUUUCACUCUCUACAGUGGAAGAAAAAGAUCUAUAAGUACCGUAAGGUGCUGAAUAACCCAAGUCGCUGGGAGGUGGUGCUAAAGGAGAUCCGAGCUCUGGUGGAUAUGGCCCUCACUUCCCCACUACAUGACGAGUCCAUCCACCAGGCUCCAUUGCACAUCAUCUCUACCCUGCUUGCUGAGAACACAAACCUCAGCGCCCAGGACCAUGAGAACAUCAUUGUGGCCAUUGCUCCUCUUCUGGAGAAUAACCACCCUCCCCCUGACCUGUGUGAAUUCUUCUGCAAGCAUUGUCGGGAACGUCCGCGGUCUAUGGUGGUCAUCGAAGUGUUCACCCCAGUGGUCCAGAGAAUUCUCAAACACAACAUGGAUUUUGGAAAGUGCCCCAGAUUGCGUCUCUUUACACAGGAGUAUAUUUUGGCUCUGAAUGAACUCAAUGCUGGCAUGGAAGUGGUCAAAAAGUUCAUUCAAAGCAUGCACGGCCCCACUGGACAGUGCCCUCACCCUCGGGUCCUCCCUAACCUGGUGGCAGUGUGCCUGGCUGCCAUCUACUCCUGCUAUGAGGAGUUUAUUAACAGUCGGGAUAACUCCCCUAGUCUGAAGGAGAUCAGAAAUGGUUGUCAGCAGCAGAGUGAGCGGAAACCUCCCAUGCCUCUACGGCUGCUGCGGCCUGAACCGCCGACCCCUCCACCACCAACUGCCUUGUCACCCCCUCCACCCCUUCCCCUUUCACCUCCUCCAUCUAUCGUCAACUCCAGUGAGAUCAUGGUAGAGCUGGAGCGCAACAACAACACUGCCAACGUGCUGCACAAAACCCCUGCAGGAGGUGACAGUGAGCCCAACCUGAUCGACUGCCUGCUGGUGAGCCCAGCACUCAAUGCCCUCUCAAUUCAGCUCCCCGCCCAAGCCGACAGGGUCCUGGCCUGUUUCGCCCUCAUCCUCAAGAUGCUCUCGGACUAUGACGACUGGAGACCAGCACUGGCUAGCCUGUUGCAGCCCAUCCCAUUCCCCAAAGAGGCCCUUGCACAUGCCAAAUUCACAAAAGAGCUGAAGUAUGUUAUUCAGAGGUUUGCAGAGGACCCCAGACAGGAGGUACACUCCUGUUUGCUCAGUGUGCGUUCUGGAAAAGAUGGCUGGUUUCAGCUCUACAGUCCUGGGGGUGUUGCUUGUGAUGAUGAUGGAGAACUUUUUGCUAGCAUGGUUCACAUCCUUAUGGGUUCUUGUUACAAGACGAAGAAAUUCCUCCUGUCUCUGGCAGAAAACAAACUAGGGCCCUGCAUGUUACUGGCACUGCGGGGGAACCAGACUAUGGUGGAGAUCCUGUGCCUGAUGUUGGAGUACAACAUUAUAGAGAAUAAGGACACUCAGCUGCAGAUCAUUUCUACCCUAGAGAGCACCCAGGUUGGCCUGCGCAUGUAUGAACAGCUAUGUGAUAGGCAAAGAGAGCUUAAAGAGCUGCAACGAAAAGGAGGCCCCACUCGACUCACACUGCCAUCCAAGUCUACAGACGCUGACCUUGCCCGCCUGCUGAGCUCUGGCUCCUUUGGAAACCUGGAGAACUUGAGUCUGGCCUUCACCAACGUCACCAGUGCCUGUGCUGAGCAGCUCAUCAAGCUGCCCUCCCUCAAACAGCUAAACCUGUGGUCCACUCAGUUUGGGGAUGCUGGGCUGCGACUGCUUUCAGAGCACCUGGCAUGCCUCCAGGUCCUCAACUUAUGUGAGACUCCAGUUACUGAUGCAGGCCUGCUUGCCCUCAGCUCUAUGAAGAGCCUUUGCAGUUUGAAUAUGAACAGCACUAAACUCACUGCAGACACCUAUGAAGACUUAAAGGCAAAGCUUCCCAACCUGAAGGAAGUGGAUGUCCGCUACACAGAGGCCUGGUAAAUGUGUUCAGCAUCACUGACCCUCACGGAACCUCUGACAUCGUUUAAACAUAUGGAUUUACUGACAUCAUCCAAACACAUAGAGCCUUUGACAUCGUCACAAUCACAGACGUUUGCAGAUAAGGACUGUCUUUAUAGGAACAUCGUUUAAAAACAAGGACCUUUUGGUGACCUCGGCCAACAGCAGUCGUCUAGUGUCAUCAUCCAAACACAAGGACGUUGUUUGUAGUCACUUUGAACAUGAAUAUUUAAAAUGACAUCAUCAGAUGGCACGGAUCCUGUUUCUAUUGAUAUCUUGGGGACUGUCAUAGUUCUCUGUCUAUUUCUGGGUGUCUGCCCUUCCCCCUAUUCCUCACCUGUCAGAAGCAUAUGAACCCCCAACAUUAGUUGUGUUCCCUGCAACUGGUAUUCCAUGCAUUAUCUCUGUGUUUUCAGUUGUACACAGAGCAAAACAACAAAACUUUGGAUUUUACUUCCUUACCUUUUUCCCAAGAGACUUAAAAGUUCAGAAGCUCUUUCUCUUCUCUCAGUCCCCUUUUUGCAACAAGGUGCCAUUUUCCCAGAGGAACACCUUGACUGGUGAGGGUGUUAGCAGUCAGAGCCACAUUCCAGUACAGUUUUGAUAUAUCGCCUCUCUGUGGAAAAGCCAAACGUUCCACAAAAUUAGAAAAUUUAGCUAUUGUUGCAUUUCUGCUUGGUCCCCCAGUUCAAAUUCUGCCAUUUUCUAUCCUUCAUUAAAAGUUGCUGUUGCCUCUGCAGAAAGGUGGCAGCCUGAGUGUCCACUACUGUAUACACUCAUUUUCACCUCUUACACACACACUCUCUCUCUCGCUCUCUCUCUGGCUCUCUCUCGCUCUCUCUUUCUCUCUCUCUCUCAAAAAAUUUUUAUCAACUUGAAUAAGCAUAUUUUUCCAGACAUCUCUGCUUUCAUAAACUCUGUGUUUAUAUAAUAUAAA